GUCAGUUAAUUGCCCUUUUAUACAUGACCCUUUCAAUGGUGUGCUUAUCAGCACUUAGUUAGCCGAGUAAGACUUAUUCAUUAGUGUGCAUGCCAGCACUUGGGUGGCCAAGAAAGCCUCUUAUAACAGUGUGCACGCCAGCACUUACAUGGCCAAGAAAGCCUCUCAUAACAGUGUGCACGCCAGCACUUACAUGGCCAAGAAAGCCUCUCAUAACAGUGUGCACGCCAGCACUUACAUGGCCAAGAAAGCCUCUCAUAACAGUGUGCACGCCAGCACUUACGUGGCCAAGAAAGCCUCUUAUAACAGUGUGCACGCCAGCACUUACAUGGCCAAGAAAGCCUCUCAUAACAGUGUGCACGCCAGCACUUACAUGGCCAAGAAAGCCUCUCAUAACAGUGUGCACGCCAGCACUUACAUGGCCAAGAAAGCCUCUCAUAACAGUGUGCACGCCAGCACUUACGUGGCCAAGAAAGCCUCUCAUAACAGUGGGCACGCCAGCACUUACGUGGCCAAGAAAGCCUCUCAUAACAGUGUGCACGCCAGCACUUACAUGGCCAAGAAAGCCUCUCAUAACAGUGUGCACGCCAGCACUUACGUGGCCAAGAAAGCCUCUCAUAACAGUGUGCACGCCAGCACUUACAUGGCCAAGAAAGCCUCUCAUAACAGUGUGCACGCCAGCACUUACGUGGCCAAGAAAGCCUCUCAUAACAGUGUGCACGCCAGCACUUACGUGGCCAAGAAAGCCUCUCAUAACAGUGUGCACGCCAGCACUUACAUGGCCAAGAAAGCCUCUCAUAACAGUGUGCACGCCAGCACUUACAUGGCCAAGAAAGCCUCUCAUAACAGUGUGCACGCCAGCACUUACGUGGCCAAGAAAGCCUCUCAUAACAGUGUGCACGCCAGCACUUACAUGGCCAAGAAAGCCUCUCAUAACAGUGUGCACGCCAGCACUUACGUGGCCAAGAAAGCCUCUCAUAACAGUGUGCACGCCAGCACUAACGUAGCCAAGAAAGCCUCUCAUAACAGUGUGCACGCCAGCACUAACGUGGCCAAGAAAGCCUCUCAUAACAGUGCACCAUACUCUUAG